UUAUCCCACAGUCCUCUCUUCGAAUCUGAGCCCAUCACAGUCAAUAAAUCGGUGUGGAGCGGCGGUGCCAUUUCCGCGUAUCCUUCACCGAGACUCUGCUGCCUGCGUGCGAGUGUCCACAACAGGUAUUCUACUCCUUUGAUACUGUGCAGACGAUCCCGACACUUGCAAGGGUUACACGACAUCUCGAAACCCUGUCUGGUCUCCUGGCAUCAGCAAUUGAGUGCUGCCUCGCGUGGCCGGUAUACCCCGAACCCGAUAUAUGGUCCUGGCCGCUUGACAACUUUCUUUUCGAAUCGUAUAGACAAGUGAUCUUCCCCGAUGAGAAGCGCGUGGGACGAUUUGAAGACGGCGUAACUUUCCCCGAAAUUUCAAGACUUUUCCGCGCAACGCCAUGGCUCACGUCGCCCUCGACGUGCUUUUCUACGUCGCUCCAAGCGCUACGAUUCUUACAUUUUUGUCAGCAAAGGCUCUCGCAGGAUGUCUCUUCCACGAAGCGUCGCAGUCUGCAGGCUCGCCGCAUCGGCGUUAUCCUGCCAUCGCAAUACAGAUCUUGCUAUUUGCCACCAUUGUGCUCGAAGGGAUCACCAAUGCUGCCGCAUCGGCGCAUGAUCCGGCACGAUGGCCGAUACAGUCAUACUUCUUCUACCUAGUGUUAAUGUUCUUUCUGCAUCUCGGACUCGCACUGGGUCUGUUGGAGAAUCCCAAACCUCUGUGGUACCCAUACGCGGAAGCCUGGUUCGUGAACCUUGCGUUGGAAGUGCCAAUCCUUGUACUGUCGUCCCGGAUCUAUCGCCUCGAGGAUGGCUACGCUCGCACUCAGGUCGCCAUGAAGACGAUUCGGGUGGUGCUUUCGGUCUCUCAGCUUCUCCUUGCAGGCUAUUUCGCAUUAGCCGAUCGACGACGCUCAGUCAAGCUAGAUGCUGAGAGCGAGGCGCUACUAGCAGCCAGCGCGGAGGAGUCGACCGAGAACGGCCAUGCUACUGGGCCUGAAUCUACGAGCAGCGCCAAUGGCUCAGCCAACGGGACGGCCAAAGUAAAUGGCGCGGCUUCGAAGCCGGACGGCAAAUCUACAGACGACGACGAAUUUGAUGAAGAAGAUCGGAAGAACGAGAUCAGAAAGGAUGAGGCCAGCAAGAAGAUGAGAGAAGCGGGCAGUGUCUGGAACUAUCUGAAAAGCUACAAGAUUUUCAUUCCGAUCGUCGUCCCAUGGAAGCAUCGCUUUACGCAAGCCUGUCUCGGCGUCAUCGGCCUGGUCGUUGUAGCUGAACGUUUCCUGAACUUCCUUCUACCACGGCAGCUCGGUAUUGUCGUCAAUGAGUUGACCGCUUCUGCGGGAACUGGCAUCGUUCCCUGGGCUGCCAUGGGAUUAUGGAUCUUCUAUCAAUGGGCAGGAUCGUCAGCUGGGCUGGACCUACUGAAAAGCGAGGCCGAAAUGGUUGUCUCCCAAUAUGUCACCAAAGCGCUUGAAGUCGAAUCGUUCAGCCACAUCAUGGGUCUCUCUAUGGACUUCCACACAGCUAAGAGUUCGGGUGAAUUGAUCGCCGCAAUCAAUCAGGGAUCGUCCAUGUCCGGUUUGAUUCAAUUCAUUUUGUUUGAAACUGCGCCCAUGCUCGUAGACUUGGUAGUCGCAUUCUUUGUUGUCUACAAUCUUUUCGACAUCUACAUGGCGUUGAUCUUGUUCGCCUCUGGAACUGUGUAUCUCUACAUGGGCGUGAGGCUCACUGGAUGGGGCGCCGCUUCCCGUCGGAAGUACAAGGCGACCCAGCGUGCUCAGGGCGCAGUUCAGAACGAAGCAAUCAACAACUGGACGACAGUUUCAAACUUCAACAACGCUACCUAUGAGAGCAACAGAUUCAGCGAAUCGGUCGAUAAAAACAACACUGCCGAGUGGUGGUACACCCAGACUUGGUACAUCGGCGGUGGUGCCCAGUCCUUUGUCAUGCUCGCAGGUCGCGCCUUGGCAAAUCUGCUUGCGGUUUACCGUGUGGCACAGGGAGAGGCGAAUAUUGGCGCUUUUGUGACACUGAACGCUUACUGGUCAAGACUUGAGACUCCGCUGGCCUUGCUGCAAUAUUCUACGCGCCGCAUCCAGACCAUGCUGGUCGAUUCCGAGCGUCUUUUGGAGCUCCUGGUCACCGUGCCAAACGUUGUCAGCAAGCCUGGCGCACCACCUUUGCAAGUGGCCGCUGGUGAAGUCCGAUUCGACAACGUGAGCUUUGCAUAUGACCCGCGCAAGCCUACUCUGCAAGACAUCAGUUUUACCGUCAAGCCCGGUCAGACUGUUGCCUUGGUCGGCGAGACCGGCGGAGGUAAAUCCACCAUUCUCAAGCUCUUAUAUAGGCACUACGACGUUACUGGUGGUUCGAUCAAGAUCGAUGGUCAAGACAUUCGCGAUGUGCAGCUCGAUACUUUGCGUGAUAGUUUUGGUCUCGUGCCUCAAGAUCCAGCGCUGUUCAAUAUCUCGCUAUAUGAGAACAUCCGUUAUGCUCGUCUGGAGGCCACGGAGGAAGAGAUUCACAAGGCCUGUCGCGCCGCAGCGAUUCACGCCAAGAUUGACAGCUUCCCUGACAAGUACAAGACCAUUGUGGGUGAGAGGGGCAUGAAGCUCUCCGGCGGUGAGAUGCAGCGUGUCGCGAUCGCCAGAGCUCUUUUGCGCGAUGCGCCUUUCGUCCUGCUUGACGAAGCGACCAGUGCCAUCGACGCCGAGACGGAAAGCUCCAUCCAAGCUGCAUUCAAAGAAUUGACUGCUGGGCGGACGACAUUCGUUGUCGCGCAUCGUCUUGCUACCAUCCAGCACGCGGAUCUGAUCGUUGUGAUCCAAGAAGGCAAGAUCGUGCAGAUGGGUACUCACGAUCAGUUGUUCGCUCAGGAGGGCAAAUACCGAGCGCUAUGGGCCAAGCAAUUGAAUAAGGACGUACAAGGCGUGAUUGAGGAUCUCACGGCGCAAGACAGCGCGGACAAGAAAGACGCACAGGAUGAUAGCAGUGAAGGGACGGAGUGAUCUGGACGAGGAGCGGAACUGUCCAGUGGGACGUGAUUGACUGAAUUCAACGUGAUUGUCUUGAUAGAUGUACUAGAUAAUGAAUCCCGUUCCGUGUAGUACUGUAUAUGUGGACGCGAAUGUCCUAGGUCCAGACUCAAAGGGUUCCUGCCAAGACCGCAGUGAAAGCUUGACUGCACGAUCGUAAAGAUCUGCGAACGGGUCAGCAGAUUUGACUCACGACUAGAUUUGGUCAAGUCAUCGCGAUGGUCUAUCGCAAGCGCACGCUGGCCUAUCUUGCAC